GAGACCGGCCCGCCGGAGCCGCCGCAGCGCCGCCGCGCCAGCUCUCGCCGUUGGGCAGCCGGCCGGCGGGCGGGCGGCGGGUCCUCGCCGCCGCGCCGCGUCCUCCCGCCGCAGCCGGGGAGGGGGGCGGUCGGUCCUGCGCAGAGCCGCCUCCUCCCCGCCCCCGCCCCGCCUCCCGCCCGCCGCCGCCGCCGCCGCUGCGCCUGCUGCUGCUCGCCGUCCCCGCUGCAGUGCGAAGGCUGAAGAUGGCCGGUUGGCAGAGCUACGUGGACAACCUGAUGUGCGAUGGCUGCUGCCAGGAGGCCGCCAUUGUCGGCUACUGCGACGCCAAAUACGUCUGGGCGGCCACGGCCGGGGGCGUCUUCCAGAGCAUCACGCCAGUAGAAAUAGAUAUGAUUGUAGGAAAAGACCGGGAAGGCUUCUUUACCAACGGUUUGACUCUUGGCGCAAAGAAGUGUUCAGUGAUCAGAGAUAGUCUGUAUGUGGACGGCGACUGCACAAUGGAUAUCCGGACAAAGAGUCAAGGUGGAGAGCCAACUUACAAUGUCGCCGUGGGCAGGGCUGGUAGAGUCUUGGUCUUUGUAAUGGGAAAAGAAGGGGUCCAUGGAGGCGGAUUGAAUAAGAAGGCAUACUCAAUGGCAAAAUACUUGAGAGACUCUGGGUUCUAGCUGCUAGGCAGACUGUUACGUACUAGGGGAAAUUGCUCUUAAACUUUCCUAGCUGUAAGCUUAAGUCUUAAUUCUGGAAAUUUUAUUAGCAAUGCAGGGUGAUGGGGUAUGAACCUGUGUCUCCUUUGUAUCCCUCUGUUGGUGGGGAAGGUCUUUCUCUCUGCCCUCCCCUCCCUCCUUAAGCAAUGCUGUUCACCUCUGUUUUGUUUCCUUGUGUACUCCAGCAUUGGUCAUAGUCAUGGGAAAGGAAGGUGUCCACGCAGGCACACUUAACAGGAAAGCCUAUGAGCUCGCUUUGUACCUGAGGCGGUCUGAUGUGUAAGCAGCCUCUCCCCAUCUACCUAGCAACUGUCUUCACCACCACCCCAGUUAUGGUCAUCUGCUACCAGACUAGACAUGUGGUAGCUAGUUUUUCUUUACUAAUGUCAUUAUUCCUGUUUGCCCAGUGAUCAUUUGUCUGUUAACCACUGUAUGUAACCAGCCCCUACUGGCAACAUAAUUGCAGCACAAUAAUGAUUUGCAUGAUACCUUGAAAUUGGGGGGGAGGGGCAUGCCAAGUUGGGCAUCACUUUGUCUUAGCAAUUAAUUAAUGGAAUAUUGAUUACUAAAAUAAGUUAAUAUUAAGCAAGGUGCCGGUUGUACAAUCUCUAAUUUGAUGGAUGUCGUUCCAGCACUUUGAGCCUUCCUUGGCUCGCUUCGUCUUCCUUCUGUAGCGCAUGGUUGGGAGGAGAAAGUGCAUGCAUCUCUCCUCCAUCCCCUUUUCUCUUCCCCUCCCUUUGCACAUAAGGGAUUUGGUUUGCUUCCAUCCUCUUUUAUGCAGUGCCUGGUUUAUUUAACCAAUUAAUAUCCCCGCUGUUGACGAGCUGUUGAGAGCUGCAGUAGUUUGCUUUUAGUCUUGUGGUCUGCAGGACGUGCACAGUGCAACUGCAGAGGAGCAAACGGCACGCCCACGACUCCCCGUGAUCACGUGGGUGCAUCCCCAGGGACAUUCCGCCACCGCAGUAGCUCAUGUUGUCGUCCUGUCUCUUUCUUUGCACACCAGCUCCACUCGUUUUAGUAUGAUUGUGAAAGGCUGCCAUUAUGGACGUUAGGUAUCCCAACAUGACCAUCUGGAGUGUGUCCAGUUUGUUCUUCAUAGGACCAAUUUUUAUUUGCAGCUUGAGUUUUUAUAUGAAGUUGCAUUAUUGUGGACUUGGCUGUCUUGUGAUGAAUUUUUUCAUAUGUAUUCUGUGCCAUACUAUUGUUAAAAUGAACUGUUGCUAUUGUGAGAUGGAUUUUAACUGACCUAUUAAGGGUUUCUUUCAAAUGGCACUACUUUAGGGACAUUCUAGUAUUUGCUUCUAUUGUUUGGGCCUUGUGGAUAAUGUACAGAUUUAAAACAAAUCUUGUUGCUGAUUUGUCCAUUUCUUUCCCUGCACUUUGUUACAUCUGGGAUACAGUCUAACUCAUCUGAUUUAAUAUGCAUUUAAAAAAAUGCCAUAACUAUUAAACACCUUGUUUACAGACAGAUGAAAUAAAUUUAUUCCA